GACCUAGGCGUUGUUUUGGGGCUUCUCGCGGCUCGGAAGGGAGGGUAAAGCGCAGCCUGUUGGGUUAGCGUGGAGGAGAGGAGGGCCUACCUGAGGCUGCGUUGUGCCUCGGCUGGGACCCUCUCUCCUGGGGGAGCCUGGUCCCUGUGAGCCCUACUAGCAAACUGCCCUUUUCGUAGUAACAAAUGCUACGUGCUCGUGUAGCUGCUGGUGGAGCAGCCUUUUCUGUGUGCUUCGUUCAGUUUGGCUAAUCCGGCCUUGUAGUUGUUACUUCUAGCUGUGCCAGUUCCAGGAGGCAGAAAGGAGCAGAGCAAGCUGUGUGAUUGGUGCUUACACAUAACAGCGAGUGCUGAACCACUUUCAGCUUUUUUGGAGGGCUCUUGCUUGCUCUUUGUCGUUGGUGGCUGUUGUCCAGGAAAACAGGAGCACCGGGCUGUCUCUGCCAGUGCAGCUGAACUGAUGGUGGUAGAUCCAGCAUAAGAACUUUGUGCUGAAACUCCAGUAUAGUACAAUUGUUCACAAUUCUCUUAAGGUGUUGGGUUUUUUUUUUGGGGGGGAUUUUUGGUUUUGUAGGGGGUUUUUGUUUGUUUCUGUUACUGUUCUAGUUUUGAAGCUGGAAAAUAUAAGAUUAUAAAGCAUUGUGGAGAUUAAAGAACAGAAGGUUGUAGUUGAUGAGCUUUCUAAUUUAAAGAAGAACAGGAAAGUUUAUAGGCAGCAACCCAAUAGCAACAUAUUCUUCCUUGUAGACCGAACAGAAACACUGUCUCAGUGCAAAAAUACAUUAGAUCAAUUAAAGAAAGCACAUCAAGAGUUGGAAAAUUCAGAGAAGACUAAAGUCAAGAAAUAGUCCAUCUGAAUUUCAAGUCGCCAUGUGCGGUAUUUGUUGUGUUGUUGCCUUGUCUAGUCAGCAUACCAUUUGUGAUGGCUUUAAUGAGGAUCUGUACUGCCGUCUUAGAAGAAGAGGACCAGACAGCAGCCAACAGUUGAUAAAGACUGUGUCCCAGCCAUCCUACAAGUGUCUUUUUUCUGGCCAUGUGCUUCACCUUAGGGGACUGAUGACUCCUCAGCCUCUUGAAGAUGUCAGUAACAAUAUUUUGCUUUGGAAUGGAGAAAUUUUUAAUGGAGUGCACGUAGGAGAUUCAGAGAACGACACUGAAGUUAUGUUUCGUCAUCUUGCACUAUGCAGUAGUGACGCUGACUUCUUAUCACUCUUCUCAUCGCUUCGGGGUCCGUGGUCUUUUAUUUAUUAUCAAGCAUCUGGACACAGCUUAUGGUUUGGUAGAGAUUAUUUUGGUCGUCGUAGUUUGCUUUGGCAGUUCAGUGAUGUGAGUGAUAGUGUUUUCUGUCUCACAUCUGUAAGUGUGAAUUUGGAAUCUUGCAACCGAUGUCAAGAAGUCCCAGCGUCUGGAAUUUUCAAAAUUGAUCUCAAGGGCUGUGUGACAACUAAAUCAUUGUCUUUAACGUUGUUUCCAUGGAAGUACAGUUGCACAGAGAAAAUUGAAGAAGAAAUAUUCAUUGAUAUUCUGGAUCAAAUUUCCAAAGACUUACCAGAUCACAUCACUGUUGUGAUGAAUGAGUCAAAACUAUGUCUCAGCACACCAGUAACGCCCUUCAACAGAACCAUUUCUGAAGCCUCAGCUGAGUGUGCAACCACUGAUAGUAGCAACACGAGCCACGUGGUUUCCAUAGAAACUCUUCAGGGAUAUCUUGCAGAGGAGCACAAGAGAAAACUAGUCCAUCAGUUCAUUGAUGUUUUAGAUGAGGCAGUAAGGAGACGAGUUUUAUUACUAGUUAGAGGUGAAGAUCAGAGAACAAGAGAAGUUGAGGGUGUCUUUCCCGGGAAGGCUCAUGUUGCAGUGCUCUUUUCUGGUGGCGUUGAUUCUAUGGUUAUUGCAGCCCUUGCUGAUCGACACGUUCCUUUGGAGGAACCAAUUGAUCUUCUCAACGUAGCUUUCAUGCCAAAAGAACAAACUAAGCAAACAGGUACCCCUAAAAACUGUAUUGGCCAGGAAAUGCAGCUUGAUUUGCAUCGUGUUCAAGAAAAUCAUGAAGAUCUUGAUGCUAAAACUGGUGAUCGUUUAUCUUGCUUUGAUGUUCCUGAUAGAAUUACUGGUAGGGCGGGACUGAAAGAAUUAGAAGCCCUUAACCCUUCAAGAACCUGGAACUUUGUGGAAAUUAAUGUCACACUAAAGGAAUUGCAAGAAAUGAGACAACGAUUCAUCAAUCACUUGAUUUAUCCUCUGGAUACAGUUUUGGAUGACAGCAUUGGCUGUGCAAUCUGGUUUGCUUCCAGAGGAGAGGGCUGUAUUAAUAAGCAAGGAGAAAUGAAACCAUACAGAAGUCCUGCAAAGGUUGUGCUUACAGGAAUUGGAGCAGAUGAACAGCUUGCUGGGUAUUCCCGGCAUCGUGUUUGCUUCAGAAAAUGUGGCCUAGAAGGUCUGAAUAAGGAGCUUGAAAUGGAGUUAGGUCGCAUUUCUUCUAGGAAUCUUGGUAGAGAUGACAGGAUUAUUGGUGAUCAUGGAAAAGAAGCCAGGUUUCCCUUUAUUGAUGAAGAUGUUGUUUCGUUCCUCAACUCGCUGCCCAUCUCAGAAAAAGCAGACUUGACUUUACCUCGAGGAAUUGGUGAGAAGCUGAUUCUGCGCCUUGGAGCCAAGGAACUUGGCCUUAAAGCUUCAAGCAUUCUGCCAAAAAGGGCUGUACAGUUUGGAUCUCGGAUUGCAAAACUGGAGAGCAACAAUGAAAAAGCACACCACACAUGCAGCAGACUGAAGUUAUUUUAGUAGAUGAAUUAUAAAGCUAUAUCUGAAGAUAUUAUUUAUCCUAUUUGUAAAUUCAGUAAAUCUUUGGGAUUUUUUU